GUCCUGGUCGUCAGCGAGUAUGCCGGUGCGAUGGAUCUGUGAUGAAGACCAGCGCCGGCUCUCGAAUCUUGGCUGUGGCAUCGAAGAGGGUCUUCCGGCGCGGAAUGGGAUCGACGGCUUGCCUGUGGCUGCCUGUGGCUGCCUGUGCGACCCCCGCUGGAAAAACGGGCUGGAUUUUUGCUCAUCGGCCGAUCGCUCAGGGCCCAGCAUCGGCCCUCCCAUCCCGCACCGCAAUCAUCAUGUCCUUCCGGUUUGCAUUUGCGGCCGAUGAUGAAGACACAGCCGUCGAUCCAUCCAUUCCGAACGAGACGGUGUCGGCACCAGUGCCGGUCCCUGUGCUGGCCCCUGCCAAACUCCUGGAGUUUGACGACCACUUUAAAGCAAGGCAGCUCGAUGUGAUUGCCGAGGUUGUUGAAACCACACUUCCUGUCUUCCGACGGUCCUUGGCUGAUGUCAAGCUGCAUGUUGCUCGCGGCGACGCCGACGACGACCUCGACCCCGCAGAGCGAGACGCUCAGAAUAUUGUGUUUGACCAGACGGAUCUCAUCGGAGGAGUCUAUGAAGGCGGACUGAAGACCUGGGAGUGCUCCAUCGAUCUGGUGAACUAUCUCUCCACCUGGGAGUCUGAGGAUAUCAAAAGCAAGCGGGUAUUCGAGAUCGGAUGCGGAUCGGCGUUGCCUGGAGUUUUCUGUCUCGCAGGAGGGGCUCAUGUCGAUUUCCAGGACUAUAACGAGCACGUCCUCCGCCUAGUUACGCUCCCGAACGCCCUCCUGAAUACCAUCAGCCGGCCGUUGAGGGAAGAUGUCGCUGCCAAUAACACCUUCGAUAAGGAGCUGUCGUUUCGAGACAUCGAUACCAUCUCUGCCAGGUUUUGGUCUGGCGAUUGGGGCCUCCUCGCGUCCCAUUUUGAGCAUGUCGUGCCCUCGCAGAAAUACGACAUCGUCCUGACCUCCGAGACGAUCUAUGCCGCCGAGUCGCACCGCAAACUCUACAAUCUCAUCUAUCGCACCCUUUCGCGCACGGGCAAAGCGCUCGUCGCUGCCAAAGAUGUUUACUUUGGUUGCAGCGGAUCUCUCUUUGAUUUUCUACAGCUCGUGCAGAAGGAGGGUCACUUCAGAGCCACCUCUGUCUUUGUCGUCCCGGACACUGUGCGUCGCGAGAUUGUGAUGCUGGAGUGGAUCGACCCCAUCGAGCCAGUUGCCAGCACCUUCAGGAGCCUCGCCGUGAACUAGCAGUAGGAUCCAGCCGCACCGCUCGUCCCUCACAAAGGCGAUGUAAGCAGCAAAGUCU